GGGUUUAUGUCACUUUUUAUUAUCCUUUUUGUGAGGAGAACAUGGAUAUUUUCAGUUUCUUAUUAUAUUAAUAAAAAUGGCUUCAUCAGUGCAAAACAAUAGAGUUUCGCCACCUGGAUACUGUGUGUGUUGUAGAACGUGCAAUAUGUGGUGUUGGAGAGCUUUUAAGUGGCUCCCUGUAUUGUUAAUAGUGUCCAUUAUAACUUGGUCUUAUUAUGCCUACGUUAUCCAGUUAUGCAUUUUUACCAUUGAGAGUACGGUCCAACAGUGUGUCUAUUUGGUGUUAUAUCAUAUUCUUCUGAUAAUGUUUGGCUGGUCAUAUUGGCGAACUAUUUUCGCUGAAGUCAAACUAAUUCCAGACAAGUACAAAUUGCCUGAGAGUGAAUUAGAAAAAUUAUUGGCGGCUGAAUCAGAGGAUGCUCAGCGAACAAUAUUAGAGAACUUUGCUAAAGAUCUCCCCAUUGUCACUAGGACAAUGUCAGGCUCGGUCCGCUAUUGCAACCGGUGCGUGCUCGUGAAGCCCGACCGCGCCCACCACUGCAGCAUUUGCUCCCGUUGUGUCCUCAAAAUGGACCACCACUGUCCGUGGGUCAACAACUGCGUUUGCUUCCACAACUACAAGUUUUUCAUGCUCUUCCUCGGCUACGCUCUCAUGUAUUGUCUCUUCAUCAUGGCAACGUGCCUGCCUUACUUCAUUCGAUUCUGGAAGAUGUAUCAGGAAUACAAGCAUGCCCACUGCGACCGUUUGAUUGAAAAAGGCUCUGUUUCUAAAAUAUGCAUGGAUAUGAUUAACGGUGACUUCGGUACAGCUGCGAGCGCGGGUCGAUAUCACAUAGUCUUCGCUUUUUUUGUAGCGUUAAUGUUCGCUAUAUCGCUGGGCUCGCUAUUCGGGUACCAUUGCUACCUCGUCGCAAAUAAUAGGACUACAUUAGAUGUGCUCGUAUCUUACCGCCGCCUUGGCAGUCCUACAGGACAGAUCAUAAACACAAUGCUUAAGACUUUGGUCAAUGAAGCGUUUAGAGCGCCUAUGUUCCGAGGAGGCGCUGACAAGAACGGCUUCUCAAUCGGUGCCUUCAAUAACUUCAAGGAGGUUUUCGGUAACAGUCCAAACCUCUGGAUGGUACCAGUCUUCACCAGCUUCGGGGACGGCAUCGUGUAUCCUGUGCCGAGUCUGGACGAAGAGUCGGAGUCUCUCAUCAGCUCGGAGCGGUGGGACCGCUGGGGCGAGCGCGCGCGACCCUUCGACGAGCGCGAGAGCUCCUCCUUCGACGAACUAUGAGUGUAAGCCGUUGUAGCGGCCGUGUGAAGUGCAGGCUUGGAAUACAGGAAAAAGGCUAGCACACACUUGUUACAUACCACGCGUCACGUGCUCAAUUGUAGUACUUAAUAAUCUUUCGACUAUUUCGAAACGCGUAGUCUGCUACAAGUAUGUCCCAACCUUUAGUUCAGCUUUAAUAGAUUGGUAAUAAACUGGUAUGAUUUUGGAGUUUGCUAAUGGGCGAGUAUUUUCGUUAGGAUAAGCUUUUCCAUUAUACUGGUUUGUAUGUGAAGCGAGUUUGUUGUCGAAUUUAAUGAAUUUCCCUUUCUUUACUUAUAAAUGCUAGAUAUUUGCUCGAAAUUAGAUAAUAAUUGAACGUUACGUGUUUUUCUGUAAGCCCCGCUAAUACUUUCAAGAUUGGAACUCUGUUAUGUUAGUACAAAGUCAGCCAUAUAGUUUUAUAGUUUGUACUUAUGUUGUGGCAAGUCUGCACUUCAGGCCGUUCACAACGCCAACGGUAAAGUAUGAAUUGUACAUUAGGUAAAUUGAGUAAAAUGGUGCUGAACGAUAUAAUGUUAUGAAACAGUGAAUUUGGUCAUUGGUAGUCAGCUUUGGCUUAACCAGACAUAGAAUGCUGAAGUUAUAUCAUCACUGUUUAGUAUAUAAUUCUAGGAAAUAGUUAAAGAUAUAUUUAAUCUUUAUUUAGCGUCCAGUCAGUGUUCUUUGAGACUUCCAUUGUUUUAAUUUUGCAGAUGAACAAAUUUGUGUACGAAUACUGAAAUCUUACUUGGGUUUAAGUAAGCUCGUCUUGUCCCUGUCACUCUGUGUAGUACGUAGCGACUGAUAGACAAGGACGUCUUAAAGCUAAGAUUUUUUUGAAUGUCUAUUUUUAUUUUUUAUUUUUGUUUUAUGUCAGACUCUUGGAUUGUUAUGCAAAACUCGUUAUCCUUCUCCAUUAUUCUUCGUUGUGACUUUAAUUUGUGUUUUAUCUGUAUAAUACCCACCUAUAAUAUUCUGCCAUAACCUGUGAUACUCAGUUUGUAAGUAAAGGAGUUUGUUUUACUAUUGAAAAAAAAAUAACCUAUACAUAGUUUUUUUAAACUAAGAGGCUUGUAAUAUAAGUUCUUACUAUUACACGUUGUUCAUCUGUCAAAAUAAAACCUUAUACUCAACUGUUUUCCAUUUUCCAUAUUUUAUCUUACUUAAUUCUUAGCAUAGGGUCAAAGAACACAUCAUAAUACUGUAAAACUAUGUAAGUUAUGCUUAUUAAUGACAAGACUGCAAUAAAGUGCAUAUUUCAAACGAUAGACGAAUUAGACGAUCAAUAUUUGAACGGAUAAAACCGUUUAAGUCCUUAUUUUGGGAAAUUAUUCAUUCUAAUUUAAAAGCGGUGUUACUAUAACUUGAGAAAAUAUGUCUAAAAUGAUGUAUUAUUUCCAUAGAUUAAUUAUAUUUUGACAAUCGUUAUCGCCGAUCGAAUCGCUCAGGUGUCAACUAUAUACCGAACCAUUGAAAUAUCAGGAGUUUGCCGUAGGAAAAGAAAGUGAUAGUGAAAAAGACAUUAAAGAUAAGUCACUAGGAGCCUGUUAGGAACGGAUUCAACAACAC